GAGUCCCCACGCACAUUCAACCCAAUACACUGCCUUUUGUCCCCCCCGUUUCGCCUUUUAUGUUUUGAUGAUGUCCGAACGAAAACAAAAAAACAAGAGGAAAAAAGACUCCAUUNGGGGGGGGAUUAACGAAAGAGCUGCGGCAGAGUGGAGUGAAGGACGGCGGCGGGGUGGGUUUUUUUAAUCUUUAUCUGCAAUGACACUCGCCGGACCCUGCUCCGCAGACGUGAAAACCCGCGGUGGUGCCGGCGGCGGAGGUGCUCUGACGGUGGUCGGAGUGAAAAUGGAUUCCCGGAGCAAAGAGUUGCUAACGUGGGCUCUGGUUAAAGUUGCUCAGCCUGGAGAUCGCGUCAUUGCUCUUCACGUCCUCAAUCCCAACACUGAAGAUGAAUCAGAGUUGUUAUCCAUGGUGAAGACGUUUGAUUCAGUGCUGGCUUCUUUUGAAGGCUUCUGCAGCUUAAAGCAGGUUGAUUUGAAGUUGAAGGUGUGUAGGGGAUCACCUAACCGCGUGAUUCUAGCCCGUGAGGCAAAAAAUUGUAGAGCUACAAAUUUGGUAGUUGGCACUUCAUACACCCACCAUACUAUCCUCUCAUCAGUUGCAGUUGCAAAGUAUUGUUCCCGGAAUGUUGGUAAGGGCAUCUCAGUCAUUGCUGUUGAUGAUGGAAAAAUCAUCUUCCAAAGGGCAGCACGUGCUUCGUUUUGCCAAACGUGUCACUAUGAUGUGCCAGAGGCUAGGUCUAAUAGUCUGGCUUUGGUAACAAUCAAGUCUAUGGAUAUGCCUGUGCCAAAGAGAGGAUGGUCAUUGCUUAGAAGAGUGCAUCUUCAAAACCACAAUCAUUCAAGAAAAUCAUCGGCGAAAAGGCCAUCUUUCAUGCAACGGGUGAUAAAUCCUCAAAAUGGCCAGUCUUUUGCUGCUAUUUACCCAGAUCACAAACAAAGUAAAUGUGAGGACAAAAGAAAUAACGGUGCUAUUGUACCCACCUCGAAUGAGAAUAACUGUCCUUCAAUUUGCAAGGAAUUAGAGGGUCUUUCUAAGAAGUAUUCAUCUGUCUAUAGAUUGUUUAGCUACCGGGAACUUUUGACUGCAACAGCUAAUUUUGCUCCAGAAAAUUUGAUUGGAAAAGGUGGGAGUAGUAUAGUUUACAAAGGGCGUCUUCUUCCACAUGGCAACCAAGUGGCAGUUAAAUCACUGAAGCAAUCAGAAACUAUGGUGACACAGUUUUGUUCAGAAAUAGAGAUUCUUGCAACUCUGCACCACAAAAACAUCAUUUCGCUCCUCGGCUUUUGCUUUGAACAAAGCAACCUUCUGUUGGUUUAUAAUCUCUUGUCUAGAGGAAGCCUCGAAGACAAUCUCCAUGCCAUUAGAAGACUUCCAGGUACACAGGAUGGCGGGAAUGCAUUUGAUUGGCAGGCCAGGUACAAGGUUGCUUUAGGUAUUGCUGAGGCAUUGGACCAUCUGCACACAUUACCCAGCAAACCUGUCAUUCAUAGGGAUGUUAAAUCCUCAAAUAUUCUUCUUUCUGAUGAUUUUGAGCCACAGCUAUCCGAUUUCGGGCUCACAACACCGCUGUCCUCAAGUUCAUCAUCAUGUCGCCUAGAUGGCAUCGACGUUGCUGGGACAUUUGGCUACUUGGCUCCGGAAUAUUUUACGCACGGAAAAGUAAGCGAAAAAAUGGAUGUGUACUCGUUUGGAGUUGUGCUGCUUGAGCUUUUGUCGGGUAGAAAACCGAUUGACAAUAGGAAUACCAAAGGACACACAAGUUUAGUGUUGUGGGCAGAAGAAAUAUUGAGGGAUGGGAAACCUACAUCAUUGCUAGAUGUAACCCUAAUUGAGACAUAUGACCAUGAUCAGUUUGAGAGAAUAACGCUAGCAGCACAACUAUGCAUUAAUCGUGAACCGUUAUUUCGUCCCGCGAUGAACCAUGUCGUUAGGCUUCUCCGAGGUGAACCAGAUGCAAUGAAUCUGGCAAGGCAACGUGGCAAUGGCUUAGAGGAAUCGGGCGGGGAUAAACAUGGAAAAAAUAACAUCCAGUCCCUAAUUAAUCUCGCUUUGCUGAACCUGGCAGACGAUAACAUUCAAAACAUCUCUGUAGAGUCUUAUUUACAGGGCAGGCUGAGCUGUUGUUCCUCAAGCUUUGGUUAGAAGUUAGAACUUAAGACAAUUUAUUUUUUUCCCCAGACAAUAUAACAUUAUUCUUUUG